AUGAACGGAGGGGCGGACUAUCUGCUGUCGGAGGAAGUGAUCCAUCUCACCCGAGGANNNNUAGGCUUGGGAUUUAAUAUAGUUGGUGGGACUGACCAGCAGUAUAUCUCCAAUGACACUGGCAUCUACGUUAGCCGGAUCAAAGAAAAUGGAGCUGCUGCACUUGAUGGCCGCCUUCAGGAGGGAGACAAGAUUUUAACAGUUAAUGGUAAGGAGUUGAAGAACAUGCUACACCAGAAUGCUGUGGAUCUGUUCAGGACAGCUGGUGACAAUGUAUCAUUAAAGGUUCAGCACAGGCUGCUGCCCCAGAAUGGUCCUUCAAGCCACCGAGGGGAUGGAGAUCCAGGAGGCAUCCCUUUGACUAUGAUUUUGGUGCCAGGGCUGGCCAUAGCAGCAGCUAUAGUAUGGGCCUUCCUUAGAUAUCGGCAACGGGUGUGAUCAGCAUCAUUUUCCAAAGAUCCUGGUGUCUGGGAAAACCUACAGAUCUAUGAAAUAAUUUAAAGAGAACAAAUUAGCAAUCUUAUUCUGGACUGGCAUAGGGAGAGGAGAAAGAGAGAAUCAUUGCUCAAUGCAGCCUUCCCCAACCUGGUGCCUUUCAGAUGGUGUUGGAUUACGACUCCCUUUAUUUCCAACCAGCAAGGCCUCCUGGUGGGUAUCACUUUGGGGAAGGCUGGAGAACACUAAACAUUUUGGCUGCUUAGGGAGUUUCAAAUUUCAUACACCUAGAAUCUGAAAACUUAUGAGCUGGACAAUCUCAGUUUACUGGUCCUGAAGAAAAUUGGUUCAGCCUUUUCUGAUUUCUCCUUUAUCAUGUGAAUUUUCAUGCGCUCAACAUUUUUUCACAUGUAGUUAGGUGACAGGGCAAGGCUUGCAGGUUGUGUCUCCUGAGACACAAGGUGAGAUAAGGUAACUACUAACUGUUUUGGCACUUGUGCAGCUGCUUCUGAAACACGAAGGGAACUUCUGGAAGAAUUGCAGCAUAGUUAUGCUCUGAUGUGGGAGAGCUUGGGUCUCAGGUGGAGUAAAAUGUCCUCAAAGAUGUAAGAAAGCAUGUUUGCUUGAUCAAAAGGAGUAUUGUGGAUCACAGGUGCAGAAUCUAGUUUGAAAGUAAAGAAGGUAUUGGAUUUUUUAAAAUUCAGAUUUAUCUUUAUUGUCUAAGUUUUCUCAGAGGAGAAUAUUGUCCAUGAUGAGAGAUAAAAGUAAUAAUGAGUAUAUCUUUCCUUAAUGAGUAGAAUAUUUUGGCAGGGCAGGUUAAACGUUAUUUAAAUUAUGGCUAAACAUAACUGCAUUUUUGUAGUGGCUUUCUGGCUGAAAAGACAAAAAAAUUCCUCCAGCCAAAGCAUGGAAAGAGGAUGCAUUGUCCCUUUUUACUCUGUCUAUUCUUAAAUAGAUCAAAUCAAGUGUUGUGUUCAACGGAUGAUUUAUUUCGGGACAGUGUGGUAGAAUGCAUGGCUUUCGUCUGUGGGAUGAUCAGGAAGUGGACCCUUGCAAUGUUUUCUUCCACGUAACUCACUUCAGAUUGGGUGGCCAAACAUCUUCUUUCUUAAAUUGCUAAAGUGCCAGAUAGCUCUUUCCAGGGAGGAGCAACAUGUGCUCACGAUAAUCAAUUUUUGUUCGGAGAGUUUGAACCACACCUGUAGCGUCCUCGGGCCAUACAGCAAGGCAGCCAUUUUUAUGUAAGCAAAAGUCUGUGAAAUGGUGAGAAGGUACUUGAAAGAAAAGCUACCAUGCCUUCACUUUUAAGAUCCUUCUGUGCUGAUUGUAUUAUAAAGUUGAGUGAUUUGAAUUCAUUAAAGUAUCACCAGUUUUAUUCUCAAA